AUGCUCCUUCCGUCCGCAUUGUCGUGUGACGCACGACAACCUCCUCCUCGAUCACGAUUCCCCUCCACUCGCUUGUUCCCCGCGACUCCUCCGCCUUCCGACGACGGCUUUAUUGCAGGCAACGGGCUUCGAGGAACCUGUCGCGCGCUCCAGUCCCUCCUUAACGCCUCUCCUGCUUCGUCUCCCCGCCGUUCUAAGCCAGAACGGCUGCAGAGCCCACUGCAGAUCCGCGCCAACACCAUCACUCGAGUCGCGAAACCCGUCGCUAAGCCACCGCGCGGGAUAAAUAAGAGAAGAAGAGAUGCGUAUGAAGACGAGAGUGACGAAUAUAUCGAUAACAUGGCCCCUCGCGAUAAAUUUUCAACGCCAAAACGCCAACGUCGCGCACCCCCAGAGCUACCACUCGGACUGGACCUGUCGGAUUUCAAAUCACUAGAAUCAUCAAGUGAUACCGAACAAACUUCAGAGCCUACACCACGUCAGUUAGAAGUACCUCGCCUCGAUGAGCUACAGCAAAAGUCCAGCGAAUCAACACCGUCGCAAUUAAAUGUGGACAGCCACCAGGAUCCAAGUUCAGAUUGGACGACUGAAGAUGAUGGGCGACUGGUGGAGUUGGUGCUGGAAAAGUUGAAACUAUCGAAGCGAGACUGGACCGAAUGCGCGCGAAAGAUGGGCAAAGACAAUGAUAGUGUUGGGAGGCGAUGGAAGGCACUGAUUGGCGAAGGCAACGUUGGCCUUCGGCGAGGCAGACGCAUGGUCAGAGCCAGAAUACAUGAGAGCUGGAGAUGA